CUCAGUGGACGGCAGCAUGUGGUGGUGGCUGCUGCUCGUGACUUUGGCGACGGCCAAACGCGCCCCGUCAACACAGGAAUCCGUUAUCGAAGAGGUCACGGCCAAACAGCUGGAGCGCGUGUUAACCGAGAAGGACUACGUCGCAGUGUUCUGGUAUGCUCGCAGCUGCACCACGUGCGAUCGAGUGCUGCAAGAGUUGGAGCAGAUCGACGACGAUACCGACUCAUUCGGAGUGGAUUUCGUCAAGAUUAACGACAAACGACUGGCCAAACAAUAUGGCAUCAACAAAUUCCCCGCGCUCACCUACUUUAGGGAGAAACAACCCAUCAUCUACGAAGGGGACUUGAUGGACGAGGAAAACGUCCUGGACUUUUUGACCAGCUUGGAAGCGAUGGAUCUGCCAGACCGUAUUGAAGAAGUGAACGCGAGAAUAUUAGACAAGAUCGUCCAAGAGACCGACUUCGUGGCAGUUCUCUUCUGUCCAGAUGCUGAGACAUGUUCCAAGGGAGGACUUAACAAGCCGGAAUGUAAAAAAUGUUCGAAAGUCCUUCAAGAAUUGGAAAACAUCGACGACGAGGCCGACCAACUGGGCAUCGGAUUCGUGAAGAUCAACGAUGAAGCUCUUGCAGAAGAAUACAACUUGGGAACAUUGCCAGCCCUCGUAUACUACAGACAUCAAAUCCCAAUCAUAUACGAAGGCGAACUACAAAAGGAAGAUGAUGUAUUAGAGUGGUUAGUCCAGCAUAAAAGUACAGGUGAUGAAGACGACGUGAUUGAAGACGUGACCUUGAAAACACUCGGAACUCUUAUCACCAGUGUAGAUCAUCUUGCCGUCCUCUUCUACGACCACGAUGAAGAAGACUCCGUUCAAACCCUUGACGACCUGGAGGACAUCGACGACGACUGCGACAAGUACGGAAUCCAGUUCGUCAAAAUCGACGAUCCGGCCGCGGCUGAUGAAUAUGGCCUUGACUCGUUGCCGGCGGUCGUCUACUUCGAAAAGGGCAUUCCCAACGUCUACGACGGCGAUCUGGAGGAAGAAGAGGAGGUGCUGGAGUGGCUAGUGCAGCAACUCGAAAAGGACGAAAUCGAGGACGUAACUGAUGAGAUGCUCGACAAACUUAUUGCGGAAUCCAAAUUUUUGGCCGUGCUGUUUUAUGAUGAUGAUGACAGGAAAUCUCAGAAGGUCCUCAACGAACUAGAAAAUAUUGACGACGAAUGCGAUAAGCUCGGAAUCGUUUUUGUUAAGAUUGAUAACGAUGACGAAGCUAAAGAAUACGGUAUUGAAAAGAUUCCUUCUUUAGUCUACUUUGAAAGUGGUAUCCCAACUCUUUAUGAGGGUAAUCUCGAGGACGAAGACAAAGUACUCAAGUGGUUCGAACACCAGCUCAAGAGCGAUGAAAUCGAGGAUGUCACUGACGAAAUGUUGGAUAUUAUUCUUGAGAAGAAACCAUUUGUUGCCGUAUUAUUCUACGACAAAGAUCAAAAGAAGAGUCAAAAGGUAAUUGCAGAACUGGAAAACAUUGACGACGAGUGCGAUCAGAACAAUAUAGUCUUUGUGAAAAUCGACAAUGACGAUGAGGCUAAAGAAUAUGGAAUUGAUCAACUCCCCAGUUUGGUGCUCUUCGAGAACAAAAUUCCCCAUUUGUACGAAGGUGAUUUAACUAAAGAGGAAGAAUUACUCGGCUGGUUGAUGCAUCAAAAACGUCACUCUGAAAUUCCUGAUAUCACAGACGAGAUGAUGGACAAACUUAUCGACGACACCAAAUACUUAGCCGUUUUGUUCUACGACAAAGAUGAUAAAGAAGACAUCAGAGUGCUGAAUGAAUUGGAGAACAUCGACGAUGAUUUGGAGAAAGAAGGAAUUGUAAUCGUAAGAAUUGACAAUGAUGCAGAAGCUAAGGAAUAUGGAAUCGAUCAUUUGCCUACCCUCAUCUACUUCGAAGACAAAAUUCCAUCACUCUAUGAAGGCGAUUUGAUGAAUGAGGACGAAGUCCUCCAAUGGCUCAUUGAACAAAAACAAACGGCAACUAUCGAGGAAGUCACAGACGAAAUCCUGGACGAUUUGAUCCAAGAACACGAAUACGUGGUCGUUUACUUCAGCGGCAACUGCGAGGAAGGUGAAAAAUGUGACAAUAUCUUGGACGAACUCGAAAACAUUGAUGACGAAUUGGAUGAAAACGGUAUAAUUUUCGUCACCACCGAAGAUUUGGUUUUGGCUAAAAAAUAUGGCAUCAAGAGCUUCCCUAAACUAGUGUUCUUCCGCAACAAAGAACCUCUAGUUUACCCCGGAGAUAUCAAUGAUGAAGAUGAAGUGCUUGCUUGGCUCACUGAUGAAGAUACUUUGGAAAUUCCCGACCGCAUUGAAGAGGUUAACGCUAGGAUGCUGGAGAAGAUCUUGUCCGAAAAUGAACACGUCGUCGUCUACUUUUAUAAAGAAGGUGAUAAGAGGUCUCAAAAGAUUCUGAUGGAGUUGGAGAACAUCGACGACGAAUGUGAAGACAAGGACAUCGAUUUCGUCAAGAUCUCCGACGAAGGCAUUCAAAAAGAAUACGAUCUUCAAUCGCUUCCUGCUGUGGCCUUCUACAGGAACAGAUUCAGGGAAAUUUACACUGGUGAUUUGAUGCACGAGGAAGCUAUUUUGGAUUGGGUGUUGAGUUUGAGAGACUCCGCCCCCGAUGUUAUUGAAAACGUAGACCGAAAAACUCUUCAAGUUUUGAUCAAUGACGUAGAACAUCUCGCAGUUCUAUUCUAUACAGAUGACUGCGACGAAUGCGACGAUAUUUUGGAGGAACUGGAGACCAUCGAUGACGACACGGACAAACACGGUAUCCAGUUCGUGAAGUCAAAGGACGCACGUUUAGCGUCUGAAAUCGGUAUCUUCAGUUUUCCAGCAUUGGUCUACUAUGAAACCGGAGUACCAAUUAUGUACGAUGGAAAUUUGCACGAUGAAACUGAAGUAUUGGAGUGGAUGACGGAUCAAAAAAAUGAUCAGAGUAUUGAAGAAAUUAAUAGGGAGACGCUCUUUAAAUAUAUCGACACUAAGGAAUUCUUAGCAGUCGUUUUCUAUAAAGAAGAAAGCCCGGAUAGUCCAAGAAUACUGAGACACGUAGAACUGAUCGACGACGAAGCCAGCGAAUACGGCAUAAAAAUCGUUAAAAUGAAGGACCGUCUGAUGGCGAAGAAAUACGGCUACAGAAACCCACCAGGUGUUACGUAUUUCAGAAAAGGAAAGUCCAUUAAUUACGAUGGCGACAUCGAUGACGAGGAGGAACUCCUCGAUUGGCUCACCGAUCCGGAGAACAUGGAACUCACCGAUCACAUUGAAAGAGUCAACAGGAAAAUGUUUGAGAAGAUUAGACAGAGAUCUGAUUACGUCGCAGUGUUUCUUUAUAGCCAAGAUUGCAAGCAAUGUCCAAGGGUGUUGGCGGAAGUAGAGAACAUUGACGACGACGCCGAUUCAGCGGGAAUCAACUUUGUUAAAAUCGACGAUAAAAUGAUGGCUAAGGAACUAGGAGUUUUUGCCUUGCCUGCUAUUCUAUUCUUCAAAAGUGGCUCAAAAGAACCUGUUAUUUAUGCUGGAGACUUGUACGAUGAACAACUGAUACUGUCCUGGUUGCUGACACAAAAGGAUCCAUCUGGGGACAUUAUAGAAGAUACUGAAGGAAGUGAACUGAUAACAUUGAUCGACAAAGAGGAAGCACUGGCUGUUUACUUUUGGAACAAGACAUUUUGCGAUUUGUGCGAAAAAAUUCAGCACCCCGGUCGGAAGGGUCAAAAACAGAAGACGUCGGAAGAAGAUGUUCAAAGUAACGAUGGCACCGAUUGCGAAUCGUGCUCUAAAAUCUUGGAAGAACUCGAGAACAUAGACGAUGACUGCGAAAGGCACGGCAUCAAAUUCGUGAAAACAAACGACAUCCGAAUCGCAGAACAAUAUGGUGCCACAGAUUUUCCAGUGCUCAUGUAUUUUGAAACGGGAACCGGAGGAGUGUUCGAAGGAGACUUAGAAGAAGAGGAGGAGGUGCUCCAAUGGUUAAUCCAACAGCGAACCGAAGACAGAAUUGAACUUAUCACAAGAGUUAUGCUUGAAAAUUUAGUAGAAGAAAGUCAAUACUUAGCCGUGUACUUCUACAAGCAGAACUGUCACGUAUGUGACCAGAUUCUGGAGGAAUUGGAGAAAAUUGACGACGAAUGCGACGUUUACGGUAUUCAUUUGGUGAGGAUACAAGAUCCUCAACUGGCGAAGAGAUACAGCAUCAAAACAUUCCCUGCUUUGGUCUACUUCCGUAACGGGAAUCCGUUGUUGUUUGAAGGCGAUAUGCAAAACGAACAGUCCGUUUUGGAGUGGCUUAUUGACGAUGAUAACAGGGAACUUGCUGACGAAAUCGAGUCAGUUAACGACCGAAUGUUGGCAAGACUUUUAAACGAAUCACCUUUCUUAGCUGUGUUUUACUAUGACGACGAUUGUCCGGAGUGUGAGGAGAUCCUAGAAAACUUGGAACAAAUCGAUGGCGAAGCUGAUCUCUUCGGAAUCGACUUCGUCAAGAUUUGCAGUGCCGAAGCGGCAGCUGAACAAGGUUUGCACACUUUGCCUGCGCUCAUGUACUUUAGAAAGAAGUCCGCGAUGGUCUACGAUGGAGAUUUAACUCAAGCCGACCGCGUCCUUGACUGGUUGACUAGCCAGGACGUCUUCGAAAUUAAGAAUGAAAUCGAGGAAGUUAACAAGAAGAUGCUGGAAAAACUGCUGGAGGAGAACGAAUUCGUCACCGUAUUUUUCUACGAACUGAACAAUGACGAAAGCAGGAUCAUAAUGGAAAAACUGGAGAACAUCGACAGCGAAACGGACAACUUCGACAUAACAUUCGUGAAGAUGGCGGACGCCCGAUACGCCCGUAAAUGGGGUGUGACCCAUUUCCCAGCAAUUGUGUACUUCCGGAAACGUUUCCCUAGCAUAUUCAGAGGCGAUCUGCAUUCUGAGGCCGACGUUCUGGAAUGGCUGCGCAAAAACAGAUUCCGACAACCGGAACUAAACAUAUUCAUGUACGCGCUGCUCGCCAUUGGAGUCGCUUUCGUGAUCUACACCGGAUUCUUGCUCCAAUGUUUCAAGACACAACCGACAGCGAUUGUUCCGCAUCAGAAACAAACUUGAGGACAUUCUUUUGUAUGCGUUUUGAGGAUGGAUGACAGGACGGGUGAAUGCGAAAAGAGGUUGAGUUGCAGUUUUUGUGCAAUUAUUGACAUUUAUCAUUAAUUAUUCUUAUACUUUUUUGUUAUAUUCAUAUUGAUGUGUCACGUUCGUCGUUAUUAUCGUUUUUUUUCUUUCGUCUAUUAUAAACUUCCCUUAAACUUAUUGAAUCAUAUAUCCUGGACCAACUAAAUAUUAUAUCAAAUAGUGUUCACAUUAUGUAUAUGUACAUAAAACUGUACAAUCAUUCCUGAGAGAAUAGCGGACAGGAGAAGUAUUUAUAAUAAAUAACCUCAAUAAAUGAAUACAUGUAAAGUAAUUGUAGGUAAAAUAUUGUAAAUACUCUUGUAAAUAAAUAUUACAAAACUAA